CACUAUUCAAAUCACUCGCCAGCCGAGUGCAGACGCUGCCGAUCAGCUCGGCUGCUGCUUGUCGCCAGACACGAAUGGCCUUGCAUCUGCCCCAAAAUACCUUACCCACUGAUAUCCCCCUUUUGACAGCACAAAUGAACGAUGUCCAAAACCAAUCCCACGUCGCCGCCGUCCAUUCGCACCUCGUCCGAGGUGGAGUCCUCAAAAUCACAUUAGGCUUCAAAGACACAGACAGUCGCUAUAUCGAGAAGUUAAUCCAUCAAUUACACCGAUACCACGGCCACGGUCUCCCCAUCGACCACAGUUCCUCCCGCGGCUGGUUCUGGGAUGUCCGACCCAGCCCGCAGACAAUCGAAAAUGGGCAUCAGGCUCGCUCACAUACAAUGGGUAACUUCGCAUGGCACACGGACUGUAGUUAUGAAACAUCGCCCCCGCGAUACUUUGCGCUGCAAGUGCUGGAACCGGAUCGUUGUGGAGGGGGCACAUUGAGUGUUUUGAAAUCGGACCAGCUGCUACGACAAUUGCCACCACCUGUUCGUGUUGCUCUGGCAAAGCCCGAAUUCCGGAUCACGGUGCCACCGGAGUUCAUCAAGAACAAAGACGAAACACACAUCAUCGGCAGUGUGUUUGCUGGAGAUCUAGAUAAUCGCCCGGAACUGCGGUUUCGACAAGAUAUCAUCACACCGUUGACCUCCGCGGCCGAAGCGGCAUUUUCGACAUUGCAGGCAGUGCUGAAGGGGCCACAGGUGGAAGAGGAGACGAUCCAUCUGACGGCUCAGAUGAUGCAGGAGGGGAGUGUUAUCCUCAUGGAUAACCGGAGAUGGCUGCAUUCCCGGAAUCAUAUCAAGGAUCCCAAUCGCCAUGUCCGGCGUGUUCGCUGGGAUGCGUCUCCAUUUUAAAAAGUUGUGGCUAUUUUCAACAGCUUGAGGAUGUCAAAUGAGAUGGCAACCUCUAGGAAUUAAUAUAAAUUGCUAACACCGCGGUCAUUCAUCGGAUAUACCGGUAAUUUGUUUUUCAGCAUGAUCGAAUCAUCUGCUUGCACAGGCUGGAAUUAUACUUGUACAUAGCUUAGCUACACAUACAGGCGAACAGUCUACAUUUCAACAAACAUCCCC